AUGGAUGAUGAGCCCGGCUAUCUCCAGAUCCCCAUUACCGAACAUGAACAUGAACGCGUCCGAGCGCGACAGAGAUCCAGAUCUGAUGCCAGCUCCCGACUACUUCAUCCAGACUCCGAGUCUGUCUACUCUCAGGGUUUUGACGACACUCACUCGGGCAAUUCCUCGCAAACGCCCAGCCGCUUUCCGUCAGUAAGAGGAGAGUCAGCAGGGCCCGCCGAACAAUUGUCAGCACCCCGCCGUUUCCACUCAUAUCAGGGCGGCGCCCAAUAUGCCGCCAUCUCGCCCAUCGACGAGGAGGACAGCAAUGUCGCCGAUGCCGCCAGCGAGGCGCCCUCUGGCAGGCCACGCACCAUCCCACAGUCCGAGCUGUCAUACUCGCCUCUCGUUCCUCUUCCGGAACUCUGGACGCCAAUAUGGCUUCGGCGCUCGACCCUGGCGGCAUUCAUAGUAUUCUUCAUCCUUUCUAUCAUCAUUCUCGUUGUCCUCUGGGUACUCUCGAGGACGCGCUCCGGCUUCGAGAUCCACUUCACGGGACCGCAUCACGCCUACUGGGUGUAUUUUCCUACCAUUCUCGUCAUCUUCCUUGUCGGUCUUUGGCGGCAGGUCGACUUCCAUACCAAGUCCCUCACACCAUGGGACGAACUUCAGAAGGGUCCCGUUCAGCCCACCAAAAGUCUCUUGCUCGAUUAUGUGAGCUCACUACAGAUUGUAGCGUUAUUUCAAGCGUUUAUUCACAACCAUAUACCCAUUGUUGCGACGGUGUCGGCGUUUAUGUUUUUCAAGAUCAUCACUGUAUUUUCGACUGGUUUGUUCAUUUUACUGCCCCAGGAUGUGGAGCAGGGCGGCUUUCCUUUGCUGGGAACAUCAACGUUUGCAUCGAAUGUGGUGAAUCUGGACAGUAUCACAGCAGCGCCAGUGAGCGCAUUUCAGGGGACGGCAUAUCAAGGCAUACCUCAGGCGCCUGGUGUAUGGACGGACUUGGCAUAUACGACCUUUCGCUACGAUCAGAGCAGGAACGAGAAGCUGGCGGACAAUGCGACUUUUACGGCGGACAGAGAUGCGUUUGUGCCUUCUAUCACAUGUCGGAUUGUGGAGAUAAGGCUGGACGGCAACAAGACGACGGAACAGUCGCCUGGUGGAGAUGUGUAUGGCAAUGGCGUUCGCUUCGCGAUCGACAACGACGACAUCUGCAGCAAGUGGCCUGCAGUGCUUGUACAGACUUUGAAUCCUCAAAAGCAAAUUGCGCCUACGAGUCAGAUCUUUGGUUCAAUACAAGCCUUGACUUGUGACUCGAACGAACCAGCAGCACUGCUGUUCUCGCUUCUCGACGUUGCCUUCGAACAGAGUCUGCGCGAUGGAUCCAUACAGCUAGCCAUAGCUGGAGACGAUGUCGCGACUAGCUCUUCUCGCACAGUCAACAACAUGGCAAACGUCCUCUGCCAAGCCUCUCAUACCAUAGCGACCGUUACGGUCAGCAACGAUACUCUUACACAGGACUCGCCCACACAGGGUGUUAGUCUUGAACUGGCGGGAGAAGCACGGAACAGGACGCUUGAGGAUUUGUCGGAUGGUGCGCUCAUGUCUGCCUUCGGAGGAAUCGCGAAUGUUUCUGGCAACAUGUUUGGGCAGACUCCUGGAUCAGAUAGUACUAGUGGUCUAUUCACACUACUGGCCAUGCAUUUCGGGCGCCGAGACACGAGUCGCUUACUGAACGCAGACGACCUCAUGCGGGCUAUCGAUCCGACUUUUAAGGGCAUCAUGGCGCAAUAUGCCAUCAGAGCCUUCAAUGGUCGAGCAGUCAGGCGAGAGACCAGAUACUGGGUCAACGAGGCAUCAGCCGCUGUAAUGAUCGGCGCUCUACUCGUCGGUGUUGCCGCAGCAGGUACAUUACUCUUUCGGGCACCUCGAGGCGUAGUUCCUCGCAAUCCCGGACCAAUAGGGGCUAAUGCCGCAGUCUUGACGAACUCGAUCGAGCUCAACCGCCUGCUGCGUCGUGGAGGCAUCCCGAGCAAGACUAACUCGGAGGUGGCUGUCGACGGGUAUGAAUUCGGAACUGCGAUCGCAACGACAGAGCAUGGACAGGCGUCGUUCAAGAUUGUCACAUCCGAAGGUGUGCAUGACUACAACACGCCAGCUCCGGACAAGACCUUGAGAUGGUGGCACCCAAUCACGUCCAGCAUCUUCUUCGUGAUUCCGACCGUCGCGCUACCAAUUCUUUGCAUCGGCUUGCUCGAGUUCAUACAGAGCAAAAAUGACGAUGGAAUCGUCGGCGUUCCAGACAAUGUUGCGACUGACAUUUACACACAUUAUAUACCCGCCUUGGUCAUGGUGAUUAUCGCAUCGAUGGUAAACUUGAUUGAUUUCAACAUCGCUGUAUUCACACCAUGGUCGGCUCUUUCCAAGGGCGCUGCGACUCACAAGAAGAGCAUUUUGGCGUACUAUCUUGGCAUUACACCUCUCGAGGCUGCCUUCCGUGGCUUUCGGGUCCGGCAGUUCAACAUUGUCAUCUCGACACUCGCCACAGUGGUGGCAAGCAUCCUCACCAUCGUGGCUGCCGGCUUGUACAAUGGCGACAGGUUCAGAACAGAAGGAACGACCAUCAAUCUUGUCCAGUCGGAUUCGUUCAACCUCCGGUGGACUAAUAGUAGCUUCUCGGACAAUGGUGCUGCAGGAGUGCUGAACUCUGUAAUCCACGACAAUUUGACUUACCCGGAGUUCACGUAUCGAAACGUGGUUCUGCCGUCUUUCUCUCUCGAGGAUGGCGAUCUGUCCACCACGAACGGCACGACCCGGGAUACCGCUAAGAACCUAACGGAAGUCACAGUUGACGCGCUCUUGCCAGACCUGCGCUGCUAUCUAGUGGAUCGCAACUUCAUCACUGUGACGUCUGCCGACUCUAACGUUGAUGUGAACGUACAAGCCACAUUACCAGACGAGUGUCAAAUUGCGGGUGUUGGCGGUGAUGCGAGCUUUGUUUCAUUCGAUACGACCUUUGAGGUGCCCUCUAAUGGGACUUUGAUUGGUGGCCGACAAUUCGAUCUGCUAUUUGGCGACGGUGGCUCGCUCGUUAAUAAUGUCCUUCAGAGUGACCAGCUGAAUCUGUCCUCGUUGAUCAGCGACAAUCCAGCGAUUGGCUGUCCGAGUCUGGCUUUCGUCUACGGCUCCUUCUCCGCCUCAGCCGAAGAUGCCACCGACAUCACCGCGAUGCUCUGCUGGCAGCAGGUGAUGUCCGUCCGCAGCACUUUCAAUCUGGUCUCCAACACCACUCUUAUCGAUGCGAAGAGGGGCGUGACGGUCGAUCAGUCUGACGCCAAGUUCUUCGUCAAUCCCGUCACAGAUGCCACGGGCUCUACUCGCGAUGACGAGAAAGAUCCUGAUACCAUUUUCAAUUUUCGCAUCCAGGGCAAUCUUGCACGAUCUUUCCGCCCGUUCAGAGACACGCCGAACGAUGAUACACGGGAUUUGGACCCCUUCUUCCAAGGCGUCCUCCACGCCGAUCCAUCCACCACAAUUCAAGCCUCCACAUUGAUUGGCGAAGACAAUCAAAGCGACCUCUUGACUGCCAUCUUGAACUUCUACCGACUUUACAUGGCACAAGCCAUCUCACUGAACAUGCGAUCUGCUCUCUCAGCUUCCUCCCUCAGCGCCCGACAGGACGCUGCACCCCUCGCAACAAUUCCCACAACCCUGACAAGCAUCCGUCUCGUCCAAGACAAGACCACAAAACUCAUCCUCCAAAUCCUCCUCGCUCUUACCUCAACUCUUACCCUGGCGGCCUGGCUUCUCACACGCUUCCGUCGUGUCCUGCCACUCAACCCUCUUUCCACCGCAAACCACAUGUCCCUCCUAGCAGGUUCCGACCUCGCGCACACCGAAGAGGCGGACGACGACCAAGGUCUGUGUGAGUGCUGCGGCAAACCACGCUCCAAGCCCCACAGCGACGCCGUCUCCAUGGUCGAAGACGCUGCGAGCAGUCGUGGCCGACCCACAAGCUCGCGCUCCGAUGCAGCACGCUUAAGCGUGCCACCAGGCCUCGAGUUCGAUCAGCGGACCUCCUCCCCACGCGGAUCCCGUGACGGCGUCGUGCCAGUUGGGGCGGAAUGGUGGGGCGCGGAAGCUGGCUCAGGCACCCGCAUCCCUGUGCUCGGUCGCGGCAAAGCUGCCUUGACGAAAGAAGGCAAGGGGAAAUGGGAGGUCGUCUUCGCUGGCAGGCGGUAUUCGAUGGGCUGGUGGAAAGAUAACCCUGCCCGAGGGCGCAUGCGCCGACGCUUCGGCGUCGAUGUCGGCGAACGAGCAGAUGGCGAUGAGGACGACUGGAUGCUCGGCCGACGACGGCUGCGGAAUAGCACAGAGGGCAGCGUUGGGAUGCGAUUUGAUGGCAGCACUAGCCCCAACCGUGGCGGGCUCAGCAACACCACGACCCAGUCCCGCAGUCUCGGAGAAGAAGCAGCACCCUAUGAAGGUCGUGGCUACGGCCCCGGCCUCCAACCGCCACAAGACCCAACGCAUCGGUACUAUGACCCGCACCAAAACUCCUCUAUCCGCCCACGCCCCAGCAGUGACCUAGGGUAUUCGACUCAGCGCCAAAACAUCACGUCCCUUACCUCCUCAAUAGACAACAACAAUCAGUACACCUACACUGGACCCUCCGCCACCCCGUCCCAGCCCACAGGCGGCACAGCGGCCGGCGUCCCCUGGUCGCUAGGCGCAAGAAGAUUGCGGACAGCAGGGGAGAACGUAACGCCGAGUAUGCGGUUCGAGGCACCAACGCCGACGGACUAUAUACCAAUGUCGAGGGGUGGGAGGGCGUUAGAUGCGCCGCCUGAGUUGUCGCCGGCACUGAUGGCAGGUGGCUAUGGAGAAGGUGGAUUGCGGAACGAGGGUAUAGCGAGCAGUGAUCGAGGCGAUGGGAGUGAGCAAGAGGAGAGCGAGGAUGAGUGGGGUGGCUCGGAUGAAGGGGAUGGGGAUCUGGGUGACAUGGGAAGAGGGAGUGGAAGGGGUACUGGUGGGGCAGGAGGUGGUGUGAACUUCUCGAGGCCGGGCGGGGGAUAUCAGCGGGUUGGUGGCGGCGGAGGAGAGGCUUAG